AUGGCUGCCGUUACAUAUGAAACUGCGCUGAUGUUCUGGAGAAUAAUUACGCAAAUAUUCUUCAGAGAAAUACGUCCCAGAGGUGCCUUCAAUAUCCCGCGAGAUGGGCCGGUCAUUUUUGCCGGUGCACCCCAUAGCAAUCAAUUCCUUGAUCCUCUUCUCCUAAGCCUAGAGGUGUACAAGGAAACACGUCGCCGCGUUCAUUUUCUGACUGCUGCCAAGAGUAUGAAACGUAAAGCAGUUGGUUUCUUUGCCCGGCAGAUGGACAGUAUACCUGUGGCUCGAGCUGUGGACGAGGCAAAACCUGGAACCGGGCUGGGAACUCAAUUCAAGUCAGAAUUCUCUCCGAAAAUGCAAAUUAUGCUGCCCAAGUCCGUAAACUCAGCUGUAGCGGAAGUUCUCAUGAAAGAGUUUGCAAGUGAAGCGGGUAAGGGAACUGCUCGUGUGCGAGAGAAGUCGGCGGAAAUAGAGGCAGAAGGCAAAAGAGGCUUUCCGUUCAAAAUUCUACCAUUCAUUGACCAGCAGGAGAUGUAUCGCGGAGUCUAUCAACGGCUGAAGGAUGGUGGUUGCAUUGGAAUUUUCCCUGAAGGUGGAAGUCACGACAGAACUGAUUUGCUUCCCCUGAAAGCUGGUGUAUCUCUCAUGGCACUUGGGGCAAUGGCGAAUGAUCCAAGUGUAAAAGUCAAGAUCGUGCCUGUUGGUCUGUACUAUUUCCAUGCCCAUCGAUUCCGGUCGCGAGCAGUCGUGGAAUUUGGAAGUGCACUCGACGUACCAGAGGAAUUAGUCGAGAUGUUCAAGCAGGGCGGAUCCAGCAAGCGGGAUGCAGUAGCAAAGCUUCUGGAUCUUAUCUAUGACGGUUUGAAGACCGUGACGAUAAGGGCGCCCGAUUAUGACACUCUUAUGUUGAUACAAGCCGCCCGACGCCUUUACAAAACCCCAGGGCAACACCCUACGUUGGGACAGGUGGUCGAGCUUAAUCGUCGUUUCUUGGAAGGUUACACCAAUUUCAAAGAUGAACCACGAAUACAAAAGCUGAAAACUGACGUAUUGAAAUAUAAUCGACUUCUUCGAGAUCUUGGAUUACGAGACCAUCAGGUACCGCGGGCGAAGAAAGCAAGUUGGAAAACCCUGAGUCUUCUAAUGUAUCGUCUCCUCCUCUUAUUGAUUUGGGCAGUUCUCGCACUGCCUGGAACGAUAUUGAACGGCCCUGUGAUUAUUCCGGCCUCCGUGAUCUCUAGACGAAAGGCCAAAGAGGCACUCGCGGCUUCCGUUGUCAAAGUCGCAGGUCGAGACGUGCUUGCGACCUGGAAAAUCCUUAUCUGUCUUGGUGUUGCUCCACUUUUGUACACGUUUUACGCGAUCCUGGCGACGGCGAUUGCUGUGAGGAUGCAGGUUCCUCUAGGAGUACGGCUAUGCACACCCUUCCUCGUUAUCUGUGCGCUACCUUUCAUGAAUUAUGCAGCCCUCAAAUUUGGUGAGGCGGGUAUGGACGUCUUGAAGUCGCUUAGGCCGCUUAUCCUUGCCCUUGGUCCUGGGCACCAACGAGAUCUGGACAAAGUCAAGGAAAUGAGGAUGCGACUUUCAAACGAGGUCGUGGACGUCAUCAACGAAUUUGGACCCAAGCUUUAUGAUGAUUUCGACCAAGGGAAGUUCCGAAUUCUGGUUCCAGCCAGUGCUCCGCCCUCAACCGGUAACCCGGGAGUUUGGCGCCGAAAGAGCAGCGUCGGCCAGGUAGAUGCCCAGGGCAACCUGCUUAUCCACCCAAUGACUUGGAUAGACGAGAGAUUAUUUGGAUGGAGCCGCACCGGCACCAGCGUAUCGGGAGGCAGUACGCCAGUUAGCAGGCCUCAAACACCUGAUGAAUCAGAAGAGGAGGAUCAUGGCGAUUAUGAUCACGUCAUCAAUUACAUUCCUGCCUAUGAAGACGCGUCCCGGGGGAAGCUUCGUAAUCGGCAGGGUUCCUACGCGGACCUACAAAGGCUUCGGAUGACAUCUGCCAAUCAGACAAACACGCCCGUAACAGCCUCUGGAGCUCAGACAUCGGACAGUCAAUCGAUGCAUGUACGGUCACGCAAGCGCAAGGAAAGCCUUUCUGAUCUCGUACCUGUGGAGCGCAUUGCCAAUGUGGAUCGACAGGAAGAUUUUGAGAGAGUGACAAAAGGCCUGAACAAGGAGAUUAGCGAGAAAUCUGGUGCAUAG